UAUGCUCUUGGAAAUCUAUAUAAAGGAUUCAUUAUUACAUUGUGUAUUCACAGAAAAACAAACUUCACACAAAGCCAACAAUAAUAGCUUUUAAAGUACCGAGGUCUCAGUCUUUUAUAUCCGUCAAUGGCUACUGAACGAGGAUUUGGAGAUUUGCAACCUUCCAUUUGGAAGUAUGAAUAUAUUCAAUCACUAAGAAGUGAAUAUAAGGAAGAAUCAUACAUAAAGAAAAGGGAAGUGUUAAAGGAAGAAGUAAGAAUGAUGCUUUGCGAAGUAGAAAAUCAUGUUCAUCAACUUGAGCUGAUUGAUAUUUUACAAAGACUUGGAGUAGCUUAUCAUUUUAAAGAUGAAAUAAAGAGCAUUUUGGACAAUAUUUACAACAUGGAAAUAUUCAACACAAAGAAGAUUUUGUAUGCCACAGCACUUCAAUUCAGGCUCUUAAGACAGCAUGGAUAUGAUAUAUCUGCAGGUCAAUGGCAAGUUCUUGGUACGAUAUGAGUUGGGGCUCUUAGGUCUUCCGAGCGAUCGGGUGAGGGAAUACGGAGUAACUCGACCAAAAAAGAAGGGUUCAGAAGUGAAAAUAGGCCCUUAUGUUUUUGGCGAGGGGCAAAGUGGUAGAAGAGCCAGGUUCCGCCUAACUCCAACUCCCGGCUCAAUCAGCAAACUGGCUAUCUCUGAAACCAAAGUCGUACUAUCUUUACUAAAGUCCUAAUUGGGUUCGAUCAUACAGGAGUAGCUCUAGCUCAUGUUACGAGAAUCCUUGUUUUCUAGUUGCUACAGCAUAGACGCCUGCGAUCGAAUCCGCGAUGGUUUGCUGGCCCGGCGGGUAAUCCGUGAAAGAGCAAGAACUUUCAGGUGAAAGACCCUCACUCGAACUCAGUAGGAACACGUAAAUCCUUGACCGAAGUACAGCUAAAACGGAUGAAUGUACUUACCUGCUCAUUCAUUCGAUAAGAGAGGGAUUGGAAGAAGAAGUCUAAGGUGUUAUUCAGCCCGACCAGUAAUCGAGGAUGGUGAGGAAGGAUGAAGCAGAGGCUUCAGCGGACCUUUUUUGUUCUUAUCAUAUCGGUGAUAGCACUGAAGCACUUCAUGGCCAUAUUUCUCACGCACCUCGCGUUCAUGAUAUCCACAUUCAACUGCGUCAUUCUCGAAGUAUGGCACAACACUCUGUCGAAAACACGAGUGCUUCACCGUCUCACAAGAUCUGUUGGGAACAGCUUGAAGAUUUCUCGGCCAUUCCUAAUAAAUUUCAAAGGCAAAGGGCCAAGGUGAGAAAGAGGGACCUAAGUCACAGUCCAGUCCUACGAUAGCUCUUGAUUGAUCAACGCGAGUGAAUUGUGCUUAGACGCUUCGUAAAACCGCACCGAUCUACGAGAGGAGCUGAUGGAUGAGUUCCCAGACUAGAGCCGCACGGCAACCAAAACGGAAAAGAUAUUUGAAAGAAAGUCUUCCAGCGGCAAAGGGUCAUCAAUAGCACAGCUAAGGAAGAAGGCGAUGUAGACGGGGUGUCAAUGCCCGCCCGAUCAUGAUGGGAAGACCCCGCUGCCCAGGAUCUCGGCAAGCAGACUGAGAUACCGAUACCAAGCCUAGCUUGAAAAGGAUAGAUCACAGGUAUGUGUUGAAGCAUACCGAGAAGUUAAGCCCUAUAAGCACUUCACUGAAACUAAAAAGAAUCGACCAGGUCAGACUCUUCCGAUCUUCCGUUC